AUGAGCUUAUUUACAAGAUUCAAGGAUGCCAUCUUGAAAGAGCAGGAAGAAGAUGUUGCUCAAACAACCGAGUAUAUCAAUGCCUAUUCACCAAAGAAGCUUGCCCUGAUGGGUCUUGCAGUAAUCAAUUUGAAUAUUACAAACAUGAGAACAGGUAUUGGUGGUAAAACCAUCUUGGAGAUGCAAUUGGACAAUGCCGUAAGCAAUGGCGAUCUCUCUUCCGUAUCCAUGAAAACGGGGGAUAUUGUUAGAAUUGCCAAAAUGACAAAAGCCGAACGCAAAAAGGCCAAGAAAGAAGAAGAGACCCAAGACUGCGACGAAUCCAUUGACGCAGUUGUUGUGAAAGUAUCCAAUCAGACAAUCACUCUCUCAGUGGAUGAAUCCACCUCCGACGAUAAGAUUCUCAACUACUAUAACAACACCAAUGAUUCGUCAAGAUUUUGGAUUGUCAAAUUGGCCAACUCAAUAACGUACAAGAGAAUGAUCACCACGAUGAACAAAGUACUCGAGUUGAAAGAGAGUGAAAAAAAUGACAUUCAUAAACUCCUCCUCGGCGAAACAAAACACAAUCUAUUGAGCGGAAAUUCUACGAUCAACUUUUUUAAUUCGGGCUUGAACCAAUCGCAAAAAUCUGCAAUUGAUUUUGCAAUAAACAAGUCCAACAUUUCGAUAAUCUUUGGACCACCGGGGACAGGCAAAACAAUGACAUUGGUCGAACUAAUUCGACAAUUAACGCUACGAGGCGAAAAAGUUUUGGUUUGUGGUCCAUCAAAUAUCUCUGUUGAUACAAUUUUGGAGAGACUUGGCAGCCAUUACAAAGCUGGCGAGUUGAUACGAAUUGGUCACCCUGCUAGACUUUUACCAGUGAAUCUUCAACAUUCCCUUGAAGUGCUUUCCAAGAGUUUUGGUAGAGAAGUGAUUAAAGAUCUUGAGAAUGAUAUUCAGUCAGUUUUGAACAAGAUAAAAAAAUGUAAGAGAUAUACUGAGAGGAAAGCCUUGUACCAGGAGUUGAAGCAGUUGAAAAAAGAGUUGGUUCAAAGAGAGAGAAAGAUUGUACACGAGUUGCUAAAUGGAGCGCAAGUUGUUUUGGCUACAUUGCAUGGUGCAGGCUCGUUUGAUUUGAAAAGGAGCGGUGUGAGCUUUGAUACGAUUAUUAUUGAUGAGGUAUCGCAGUCUCUUGAACCACAGUGUUGGAUUCCUUUACUACAUAAUGACAAGUUUAAACGGUUGGUCAUUGCCGGAGACAAUAUGCAACUCCCACCAACUAUAAUCUCAGGCAAUGCCAGUCUAUUGGAGACAACAUUAUUUGACAGAUUGGUCAAGGAGGUAGAGGGCAAUAAGUACAAGAAGUUGCUUAACGUACAAUAUCGAAUGAAUGAUAGUAUCAUGAAGUUUCCCAGCAUGCAGCUUUAUGAAGAUAAAUUGAUCAGUGAUGCAUCUGUAAAAAACAUCAAGCUCACAGAUCUUCCAGAUGUCGAAAGCAAUGAUGAAACUAGUAUCCAAUGUGUCUGGUACGAUACACAAGGUGGUGACUUUCCUGAACAAAAAUUGGAGUCAAUAAAGGGGGAUUCAAAGUACAAUGAGAUGGAAUUGCAAAUUGUCAAGAGCCACAUAAGGAGAUUAGUCGACAGUGGAGUAUUGCCCCAAGAUAUUGGUGUUAUAGCACCAUAUGCCGCACAGGUGCAACUACUCAAGAAGCAAUUAGGUCCAGAAUCAUUGAUUGAAGUGAGCACUGUUGAUGGGUUUCAAGGUCGUGAGAAAGAGGUUAUCAUAUUGACCUUGGUUAGGUCCAAUGAUGAAAGAGAUGUCGGGUUUUUGAGUGAGGAGCGAAGAUUGAAUGUAGCAAUUACUCGACCCAAAAGGCAACUUUGUGUAAUUGGUGAUUUGCAAUUGAUGAAUGAAUCCGGGCACAAAUUUCUACAAAAUUGGAGCAAGUACGUCGAAGACGGAUUUGAAGAUGGUGAGUCAAUAAAGCCAUACGAAAUUGUCUAUCCCAACAUCGACGACUUUGCUAGCUGA